ACAUAUCUUUUUCCUUUCAUUUUACCAACAAAAUCCUACCAUAUAAAUAGCCUCUCGCCAACUCCUUCGACCAUCACAAAUCUCCCGGAUUUAGUGCAGUGCAUAACUAUCUCUAGUGUAAAAUCAUCGUAGCCACACACCCAUGGCUUACCGUCUUGUGAUAGCCUCCUUCGGGAUUCUUUCCUUGCUGGGUCUGUGCGACGCCGGGCACCAUGGCCACCACCACAAAAAGGUCAUCAUCCACGUGCCCUUCAAAGUCAAGACCAUCCACCACACGCACACAAUCGUGAAGCACGUGGGCCACGGGGGCGGCGGCGGCGGCGGCGAAUUCUACAAAGUCAUCGGCUACUCCGGCGGCAUCGACGACGGUGAAGUCGUGACGCACGGCCAUGGCGGCGGCGGCGGCGGUGGAGGCGGCGGCGGCCACGGCUGGCACGGCGGCUUCGAGGGCGGCUUCGGGGGCGGCCACGGCGGCGCUGAGGAAUCGCACUCGAUUGGAGGCGGCCACGGCUACGAAACGGCCAGUCAGAGCGGCGGCAUCGGCGGCGGUCACGGCUACGCCCUUGGGGGUGGAGGCGGCGGCGGCGGCGGCGAUGAGGGCGGGCACCACGAAAUCGGCCACGCCUCGCUGAGCUCCGGGGGCGACGUCGGCGGAGGGCUGGGCUCGUACGGCGGCGGCCACGAAGGCGGGUUCGGCGGCGGUCAUGAGGGCGGCUUCGGGGGCGGCUCGGCCGAGGGCGGCUACGGCGGCGGGUUCGAGGGCGGCUUCGGGGGCGGCCAUGUGAGUGAAGGGUUCGGCGGACACAGCGAGGGGUUCAGCGCAGGAGGCGGCGAUGGGGGAAAUAGCUACGAGAGCUAUGGAGGAGGAGACGGAGGUCAUCAAGGCUACGAUUAGGUUUAAUUCAUUUCCUCUCUCUACAAAUGUCUACUAGUCCUUAAUUUAGCGCUUUUAUUUUAUUUUUUGUUGAUUUUACACUGUUGUUACAU